AUGCUUCGAAGUUCGAGAUUUCUCCUCCUGUUUUCCUUACUAUGGGUUGCAAUCGCGCACGAGCGUGAAUUGCAUCCCGCACCCGGCCACUCCUCUCUGCGUCGAGCAGUGCCGGAUGAAAUCCAGUAUUGUAGCCUGGAAACCUGCGGUGCUGGAGACAGUUCGGAUACAUGUCGCCGCCGGCUGAGCCCCCGAGUUCUCCAAGCGCCCGACCCGUCCUCACGUCCGGCCAAGGGCCAUUGGUAUGGCCCGGCCAACUAUGACAACAGCGUCGAUAGCUUCUUCCGGGGCGAGAUAGCGAAGCGGGCAGCAGCCAAAACCGACAUUGUCACUGUCUUGGGAGGCGAAGUCACCUCUGAGUACAUCCGCUUUAUGGAUGAACCGAAAUCACUCGCAAUGCUUGGGUUUUGUGGAUGUAUGGGUCUUAUCGUCUUGUCGAGAUCAGCAGUUUGGAUGGCCCAUAUGUACGAGAACCCGGUCCUUGUUAAUGGUCCCGAGGUUUUUCAGAAGAGAGGCAUAGCUGUCCUCAAAAAAGGCAAACGGAGCUCGGAUAUGUACUAUGGGCUGUCGGAUCUGCGUGGCAACGUCUUCGCUCCGGACGAAAAACCGGUCGCAAUUGUGUUCGCCCCUAAGUCGUCAAGCUCUGAUUUCCAGUAUGAGCCUCUCAUGCGAGAUAUAGAUCAGAUGGUCAAAAAAUUAAUCGGUGUAGAUCCCGAAUGGGUUGGGUACAAGCCGAAGCGGACUGAUGAUGUGAAAAGCAAUUUCGACUUCUUUUGCGCUAAUUCCAAAGGCAAGGUGCUUGUGCAGUACCAGCCGUCUAACAAAAGACGGUCCGGCCGUUCCAAGGCCAAAGCCAGGAUAUGGAUCGAAGGAGAUAGUUGGACAUUCAAAAUGUCAUGGUCGCCCCAUCGGAAGCAAAAGCGCUACUAG